CAUCCGCUGGCGCCAUGGUGGUCUGCAGCAGCAGGGACUCUGCUGCAGGCGUCGGCGUCGCGGAUCUGCCGCGUGAGGGCGUCGGGGGGCAAGGACCGGCACAGCAAGGUGUACACGUCCAAGGGCAUCCGCGACCGGCGGGUGCGGCUCUCGGUGCCCACGGCCAUCCAGUUCUACGACCUGCAGGACCGCCUCGGCUUCGACCACCCCAGCAAGGCCAUCGAGUGGCUCAUCAACGCCGCCUCCCCCGCCAUCGACGAGCCCCCCUCCCUCGACCCGGCCGACCACCAGGCCGCGCCCCGCGCCGGCAAGCAGCACCAGCAGCAGGGCAGCAGGUCCCUGUGCAGCAGCACGUCGGAGACCAGCAAGGGGUCCGACCUCUCGCUCUCGCGCUCCGACUGCCGCGUCGGCGGCGGCUCCUCCCGGGACAAGGAGGUCACCGUCGCCAGCAACCCCUCCACGCAGGCCGGGUCCUUCACCGAGCUGCUCACCGGGGCGGGGACGGCCGGCGCGGCCAUUGCCCCCGCGGCUCAGCACAGGCAGUCCUGGCAGCGAAAUAAUCUGGACAGGAGCUCGGAUCGGCUUCUUGAUCACCGGCGCAGAUUUCACCGCUUCCCGGCGCAGAUACCUGGUGGUAUCCCUCGAUGGCCGGAUCAAUCUGGUCGCCGUCACCGAAGAUGACAUCCGCCGGCUCCAUGGUGGCCAUGGCCGUCCAGGACGGCGACCUGAUGAUGCCAUUUAAAAUCCCUGCACACGCGAAACCGGCCGUCUUCGCCAGCGGCGCGUGGUCCAGUCUGUUCUCCGAAUCACGGCCUGUCACGCAGAGCCUGUCCAGGCGACGGAAUUCCGGCUUCUUCUUCAGGCCACCGCCACCGACGUCGGCGGCAGCAACCUUUCUGAUGUCGGCGUGGACAACGUUCUCCGAUUGCACCGCGGGAGCAACCUGCCGCAGCAGGAAUCACGGCGCACCUUAUUCCGACAUUGCCUGUCCGUUGGACGCCGCUGGACGCCGCAGAAUAACCAUCCAUACUAGAUAAUCGAUAGCGUGCGGCGCCCUGUCUUUUCUAAUACUGAAUUUUAAGUAUUGAUGCAAUGAUGUAUAGGCAUCAUAUUUUAAAGUUUACUAUGUAUAAUUAUUUUACUGCAGUUGUAGUGUAUAUAAAGGAUUUUGGUUUCUGUGCAUUUGUAUUAUAAGAUGUUCAUUAUAAUAGACCAAAGGCCAUUUGCAGGAGGCUGCUA